AUGCCCUUAAACUUCCCGACGUGGCACAAAUGGACGUGGGUUGGGCUGCUGUCAGCCAUCACACUGCUAACACCCUUCGCGUCGUCGAUUCUCUCACCUGCCAUUUCCAGGCUGGAGGACGAGUUCGAAAACGACAAAGCCAUCAUCGGUUCCAUGACGGUAAGCAUAUACCUUCUUGGGUAUGCCGUAGGUCCGCUCUCUGAGAUAUACGGGCGCAAGCCUGUCCUGGGUGUGGCCAAUGUGUGUUUCUGCCUCUGGCAGAUCGGGUGCGCCUUGGCUCCUAAUAUUGAAACACUCAUUGUGACGAGAUUUUUCGCAGGUGUUGGCGGUUCUGGCUGUUUGACUCUGGGGGCUGGCAUCAUAGGCGAUCUUUUUCGCCCUGAAAAACGUGGUUUCGCUGUAGGGAUGUGGAACAUUGGACACUUGGUUGGCCCUACCGUCGGUCCUCUACUUGGCGGCCUCUUGACCGACACUAUCGGUUGGCGCUACGACUUCUAG